GUCAAAAAAUCCAAAAAAGCCGCAAAGGCAACAAUAGUUUUAAUUUAUUUUUAUUGUUAUUUGUUUAAUUAUUGUUGAAAACAUUUAUAGAGAGCGUGCUACAACCGCAAUUUAGUCUAGUCCUAGUUAUAGCUAAGUAAUUCACCCGCAAUCCAAAGCCUUGACUUUUAUUGUGCCAUAAAAUUGUUGAUUGACGAUCCUUUGUUUGGAAAUAGUUGUUUCUGCAGUGUUUCGCCGUAGUCACGGGGUUAAAACAAGUGUGAUUUGUGAAUUCAUUAAAUAAUUUGGAUAAUCAAGCGUGUAAUUGAAUCAUUUGAGGCUAGGAACUAAGUUUUCUGGGCUUAUUCAUAUUGGUAUUUCGCAACCAUACUACUCGACUACAUUGCCAUUGCGGACAUGGCUAUAUUGCUUAACAGCCGUCUACAAUUAGUAGCGACGCCGCAUGGCGGGAAAGUGACGAUAAAAAACUAAUAAAAUUAUGUAAAAAACGAUAAAAUGUCGACAAUAGAAAAACCACAUAAUGUUUGGUCUGUGUGCACUGAGGGGGUGAAUUCUAAACAUGAAAAAUGUCGGAACAUAACUGAAGAGAUAUAUAAGAGGAUUAAUAUUACAUUUCAAAUCAAGAAGCUUGAGACUGCUGUACAAAGUGAUAUCUCGGACCAGAGCGACCAAAUAGACAGCAACGAACUUAGCAACGAAACGGACCUGUUUGCGUGCGACAAGAGCUCCAUAUCCAGCACUGAUGUGGAGCAGGACCGGUCCAUGGAGCGGGUGGAGAAGUACAUAAAUAUCAAUAACAAUGAGGAGCCGAGCAAGAAGCCCCCUGUUGUCCAAAAGAGGCCUAAGAAAAGAUUCAGGAAGCGAGUGAAGAAGCGGCAGGCGACCGCCGCACGGGAGUCCGACGGCUCCAGCGAUGAGGCCGUGCCUCUCAGUCGCAUGGUGGACAUCGAUUCUAAGGCAGACGACGAGGCUGGCGUUAUGGGGGUGCCUAAUAUUAUUAUUGUCACUAAAGAUCUCAAAGCAGAAACGGUAAAAAAAGAAAAAGACUUUCCUUGCAAGAAGAUAGCAACACCUAAGUUGGAGGUGGAAAGUGAGCCGAAUAUACAGCCGGUGGUAGUGUUGGAGACCAUAGACAAGGAAACAACCAUAAACAAGCAAUGUCCGACCGCAGAGAAGCAAUCGCCGACUAAAGUAAUGCAGACGUGGGAAUGGAAGUCUUGUACGAUGUGCGGGACGUUGUUUCGAGGCGAGAGAGGUCUGAGACGUCACAUGGCAAUGACGCACAAAAUCUACUGAAAAGACCAAACCCCAACAGCGCGCAUCCGGUAUCGUCCGCCUGAAACCCGUUACAACUGGUAAUAUCUAAAUAAUGAAUGAGUCCAGUGUGUUGUAGAUAAAUUUUAUAAUUUUGGUACCAAAUUUGAAUAAGAGUGGAUGAAUAUAAUAAUGUGGAUACUAGGAAUUGUGUAUAUGUGCUAAUUAUCUUGGUAUGCAAUUUAAAUUAUCGAAAAACUUUAAAAUAAAAUCUUAAUUUUCAGUUGAAAAUCAAUGGCUCGAUUUUAGUUCCAUCUCUCUCUCUCUCUUAUCUAAGCGUAUUUCCGGUUACUUCCACAGCCGUUGAGAGUCGAAGCUCAGGAUUCGCUUUCCUUAUUUGUCGUGUCCCAAAAUAUCGUCCCUAGUUGUUAGACCAUUGUUUCGAUUGAUCAUCGACUCAAUUUUAGUUUCAUGGUAUAGGGGUAGAUAGCCAAAAGUGGCGAAACUCGAAGGAGAAUUUGAUAAAUCUCCAGAUAAUAGCGCUUUCCCUUGAUUGACUUUUACAAUCUGCGCGGGAGAUGCAGAUACAUUUUAUGGGAAAUUAGGUUUUAUUAUUAUUAUAUUAGCACUAUCUGUUGCCUAUAUUUGACUUCGAGCCCUUAAUCGAUUACAAAUUUCAUCAAAACGUCAGCGCUUUUGCGUGACUUUCGAAUUUAAUUGAUACCAAGUCGUUUUAAAUUGAUACCAAGACAAUAGUAAUUUGAUGAGGCAGGGUCAACAAUCUGUGAUCGAAGGCAUUAUGUGAUUGUAGGUUAGAAUGAAAGACAUGCCCUAGAAAAGUUAUAUUGACAGCUGUCAAAGGUUUAGUAUUCGUAUGGGAAAUCGUCAUCUGAGAAUUUUUAAUGCCGUAAGCCUUUUUUUAUGAAUAGGUCUUUGGGAAAAAUUCAAUUCAUCCAAUAUUAUUACACAUUUUAACAUGAAGUGAAAGAGAUAGAAAGAAUAUUGUAUUAGCAUUUAAAAAAAAUGGGAUUUCGUCAAAAAAUUCUACUAAACCGAUUUUUUGACAUCUGUCAAACUUUUCUAUGGUGAGUGUAGACAAGAAGAACGUUUUUCGGCCGUUUUUGAGUACAAAAAUCUAUUUUAAAAAAAUCUCUUUAAAAUUAAAUUUUACUCCUUUCGUAGGCUAAGAUGUCUUAUUCAUAAAAAGUUGUAGCUUAAAACAUAUUUCAGUUAAAAUAUGUUUCAUCCCGCUCUUUCCAGGUGAAAAAGUGAAAGAACGGAUAGAGACAAAACAUAUUAUACAAUACUUUUUGAAAGUUUGUUAACUUUUGUGUAUAAAAUUGUUUUUUUGCUAAAGACGUACGUUGUUAAAUUUUUGUCUGUGGUUAGAGUGUUGCAAUAUCGAAAGUUGUUUAAUACCAGUAAGAGGUAUCUUGUUUUUUUUUUGUGUUGUUUUAAAUGUGGUGCUUCUAGUUAUUUUAAUCUAGUUAUAGGAAUAUUUUAAACCUUUUUUCAAAAAAGAUAAACCGCAUUUUAAUCGUAUUAAAAUAUGUUAUGUCAAAAAUUAGUGUGAGAUAAGGACAAAGCAUAUUUUUGUCUAAAAUGGCGGAUAGUUCUUUUAAGAAUAUGAGGAUAUAUCUACAAUUAUAUAAGUAAGUUAUUUUUAAUGUUGGUUCUAACAUUAAGGUGGUUCACAAAGAGUGAGUAUAAUAUAUUUCGUCUAUAUUAUGCUUUUCUUCUCUGUAAAGUAGUAUUUUUCGAUCGAAAUCACUAUACUUUAUCUUAACAUUUUUUUUUGUAAUAAUAAAAAAAUCAAA